AUGGGGAUGGAUUGGGAGAACUUAGAAGCACAUCCUUUAAGUUUAAUUUUUGAUAAUUUAGUAGAACGUAUAGAUCACAUCUAUUUCAGUGCCGUAUGCAAGAAUUGGUAUUCCAUUGCAAAGUUUAAUUAUCAAAAUCGACAAAUACAAAAUAAUGUAUUACCCAUGCUAAUGAUUCCCGCGGAAAACAUAUGGGAGAGAAGUUUAUAUGGAAUUUCAUCAAACAAACAUUACAACUUCAAACUAUCAGUACCUACUCACAAGAGACUUUGUGGUUCAAGUCAUGGUUGGCUAGCUAAGGUGGAUUAUUGUUCUAGUGUUACCGGUAUAACACUCCUUAAUCCUUUUAAAGAUGCGGUAUCCAUCACUUUACCACCCAUCUACAUGAUGCAUAAGUAUAGAAGAAGAAAGGAUUAUGAGUAUGUUGUGCAUAAGAUUGUGUUAUCUGCUAAUCCUACAUUUAAGCCACAUGAUUAUGUUGUUAUAGCCAUUUACAGUGUGUGUCAAUUUCUUGCAAUCCUAAAAGCCGGACAAAAGACUUGGACUUAUAUUGAUGAUGUUCAUAAUCUCUUUCAUGAUGUUAUAUUUUACAAAGGUCUAGUCUAUGCCGUGGGACUAAAGAAUAAUAUCGUCUCUCUUGAUUUAUCCUAUUUAAAGGAUGAAAAGGUAAUUUCUAAAGUUGUUUCUCUGAAGGGAGGUGAUUAUGUUGAGCGAACUUAUCUUGUAAAAUCACUGGAAGGAGACUUAUGGCUGGUAAGAAAAUUUAUUGACUUUGGUGACGAAGAUGAUGAAGAUAAUGUGGAGCCUAGUCAUGGUACAAAAAGAUUUGAAGUAUAUAAUUUAAAAUUGGAUCUUCAAACCGGUGAACUUUUACAAAUGUUAAAAAUUGAUAGUCUGGGAGACAAUGUCUUAUUCCUAGGUGAUAGUGAUUCUGUUGCCAUGUCAGCUUCAUAUUUUUCUAGUUAUCUUCAAAAGGAUUCCAUUUAUUAUACAGACGAUUUUUAUGGAGAUUACCCACCUUAUCCUAAUGGACCAUUUGAUAUGCAAAUCUUCAAUGUAAAAGAGAAAAGAUUUAGUCAACAUUGCCCUUUUCAACCUUCAUUUAAACAAAUGCCACCUGCACUCUGGGUUAUUCCACCCUUUCAAUGGGAUUGA